AUGGUGCCACCACCGAAAACUUCGAAUGCAAAUGCUCUAACCCUAGAAUGGAACCUUGGCCUCAAUAAGGACCUCACUGACUGUGUCUUCAACCUGAGCACAGCCGGUGAGAAGGGUGGAACUGAGGUGUUCUAUCCUACGGGCAACUGUGGGGUCAUCUACGACUCUACCACUGGUCAACAACGUCUCCUACAGGGACAUGUGAAUACCAUCAGUGCGACUGUGAUGGGUCGUGAUAGACAAUUCAUCGCCCCUGCAGAGACAGACGAUGAUGGAAAAGACUCUCAGGACCCCGUAGAGGCUAGUCGGCGCCUUGGCCAAACCAUGGCUAUUUGGGAUUGGACCGACACCGACCGACAGGAGCCCCUUUGCAGUCACCGAGUACCCAGCAAUGACUUGCAGACUAUGGUUCUUUUCAAUCGGUGGAACAUGACUGAGAUCGCCUCGAAUGGGAAGCGACGCGCAAUCUUCUGGCGUUGGGAUAUAGAAGAGGCCACCAAACCCUCCAUCACCGAGGUCCCUCCGGCUAUUUUCAAUUGCUACUGCCCUGUCGUGAAUGCUAAAGACUUAAAUCAGCGUGUCGGGGACUUCACUAUGACAGCCUUCCUACCGAGCACAUCCCAGGUGGCCACCGGCACCGUGGACGGCGAUGUGGUCAUAUGGGACUACUCCCUCAUCGCUGGCUCUGACCCGACCAGUGCGCGCCAUAGAAGGGCUGUCAAGGUCAUACGGCUCGCCGCCCAGGGCGUCAGUCUGACCGUCCUCAAGGUGCAUGAUGACUUCAUCGUUGUUGGCUCUUCAGAGGGUGCUGUGAGGUUCUACGACUUCGAUUUUAAAAUCAAAGCUUGGUUCGAAGACAUAUCAGCCGGGACGGUCAAGAGCAUUUCCUUCAGGGCCCCUAAAGUAGGUUGUUGCUCGAAAAACAGGUUCAUGUUCUAUUGCCCUUUUCAGCCAGUACCUGUCGAGCAAUCUGUGACACGGAGGUCCGUGUCACCAUCGAAGAACUUAGUUGGUACGAGGCCUGGGGAUCCCUCGAAUGAUGGCCCCUUCCAUUGCGAGCCGUUUUUGAUCAGCACAACCUCAGCCCUUAUCGUUAAUGUGGAUUGUGAGCUCUUCUACCAGCCCGAAUCUCUCGACCGUCGAGGACAUCUAAUUCACCAAGGUGAUCCUAACUGUGGGCUCAGUCAUCGUCUCAGUGUGCACGUACCGCGAGUCAUAAAGUACAGUCCUGACGGUGAGCGUCUCUUUGUUGGAUUCACCAACGGCCAUUGCAAACUCCUCGACGCCUCCGACCUCUCUGAGCUGGCCGCCUUCAGAGACUCCCACGAGUCUGUAGUCCAUAUCGCUUUCUCCCGCGACUCAGCCUGUUGCGCCACGGCCCACUCGGACCAAUGCGUCUACCUCUACAAGCUCUCUAUUGUACCGACUAAUCCGACCGCCCCUCGUGAGUGGGUCUUUGGAGGCAAGCUCCGCUCUCAUCAUCGGCCGAUAGCCACCCUUACAUUCAGUGGGCCCGAGGUCGGACCUGAACCGAGACUCUUCUCCAUCGGUCAAGACGGGCGAUUGGUCGAAUACAGUGUGAAGCACAGUUCGGAAGAUAGAGGCUUGUUCAUAACCAGUACGUGGACGAUUUCUCAGGAGGCCCGGCCCCUUGGGGCUAUGUGGUUCCCCUUCGGCGCUAGAGGGGAUCAUAGUAAGAUCCUCGUCUCCGAUGACCAUUUCAAAUUGAAGGUUUGGAAUACCAUUGAUGGCAACUGCAGAUCGACUUCGCUGGCGCCGAUAUUAGGCGGACCCCUGGAGAGGAUGGUGCCCCUGCCCAGACCUGAUCGUAGUCGUCGUGAUGGGAGGUGUUGGACCGACAGGCGGCUUGUUAGGAAGGAUCAGGUACUUGGGAUCAUCCAGCUGCCUCUGGAUGGUAACCCGCACAAGUACAUGGGUAUCAUAGCACACCCUGGAAAGGUGGCCGCUAUGGCCGUCAGUUACGAGGGUAAAUACGUCUUCACUGUUGGUGGUGCUGACCUUACGCUCAAUCAAUGGGCGGUGAACACCGAGUCUAUGGCGACUGUGUCGAGUCUGGCCAAGGCGGCUGAUUUUGAUGGUAUCGAGUCGUACAUGUCGAUGAUCGAGGGAGGCAGGGAGGGGGAGCUUCUUAAAGACAUGAAGCAGUUCUUCUACUAUAGUCAACUGAGGAGCCAAGGUGAACAGACGAUGCGGGCCAGAAAGCUGGAUGGGAUGAUUCCGAUUGCGGAAAUACCCAACAUGAUGUGCGCAUUAGGAUUCUUCCCUAGUCAAUUGGAGAUCCAAAAUAUGACUGCUGAGGUUCGGUAUUCGAGGUUCUUCGAAACUGGUCGGUAUGUGGAGAAGAUUACCUUUGAAGAAUUCGUGAGGUUAUACGUGAACCACAGACCGACCUUCAGCACCGAGGGAAGGGAUGUCGUCGAUGCUCUACUGGCGUUGACGAGGAAGGAAGAGACGGGGCCCUCGGGAGAUGAUACAGAUCCAGACGAACGGCUCACCUACGAGGAGUUCGAACAGUGCUUGAAAUCCCUCGUGCAGGACGAGAACGCCACCAUUGAAAGCGUCUUAGAGGAUGUCGUUGAUCCCGUGGUGUUCGUUGUGGAUGAGGUCCUCGAGCCGCGAUUUGUGCAGAUGAUCUUUCUGAGAGCUAAGAAGUGCAUAUAUGUCAUAGUCGUUGAUGAUCCUGGUGGUGGAGGGGGAUUGUAG